AUGAGGCUAUCAAAGCCUCUCAGUGCUUUGUAUAGCACUGAGGCACCAACCUCUCGAGUGGAUGAGGUUGGAUUGAACCCGAAAAUUUCAAAUGCUUUCGUUAACGUUGCAAGUGAGAAUUUGACCGAGGUCCAAUCUAAGGUUGUUCCUGAGAUGCUCUCGACCAACAACGGUGUUCUUGUUAGAGCCAAAACUGGUACAGGUAAGACCUACGCUUUUGGACUGCCGCUCAUGAACGAGUGGAUCACCGAUAAAAAUUUUGAAAGACAAGAAAGUGUUCACUCCUUGAUCAUCAAUCCAACUAGAGAUCUGGCUUUCCAGACUCAAAUGGCUCUGGAUAGAAUAUGGAAACAGUGUGGCGGACAAAGCAAGAGAAGAAUCGACUUGUGUGUUGGCCAGGUGAAGUACGAUCAGAUCUUGAGAGGUGUUAACGGAAGAACCAAGUCAGCCGCUUUCGUGGCUACUCCAGGAAGACUGGAGGAUAUGUUGAACUCCAAACCAGAUUUCAGAAACGCAUUCAAAGACUUGAGACAUUUUGUUAUCGACGAGGCAGACGUCCUUUGUGACAACGACUUUAAAGAGGCUCUAUUGUCGAUUGUGAAGACUUUGAAAGCAAACCAUAGCGAUCCUUCCAAGUUGAAAGUGACUAUGUUUUCUGCAACCAUGGAUAACAACACCAAGGAACUUGCUGACCGUCUGAUGGGCCCAGAGCACAAGUAUAUCGACGUGACUUCUGGUAGAGAGGUCACUGACAGUGUCAACCAAUCGUUGAUCACGACUGACGGACUCUAUGAGACCUUUGCUGUGGCUAUGGAGCUUUUGCUCGAGAAACUUAGCGAGAGAAACUCAAAGGUGAUUGUGUUUAUGCCAAACAUCAAGGCCACCGAGUACUUCUAUGAACUUGCCAGAGAAAUUUUGGGUAACAAGUUUGGCCCACGGUUCCCAGUGCUUCCUUUGCACGGAAACUUGAGACAGUCUAGACGUAACACUGUUCAGACUAGAUUCAGAAAUGCUAGAAGCGGUGUGCUGAUUUCUUCCAACGUUGGUGCCAGAGGUAUGGAUUUCCCAGGUGUCAACUGCGUGAUCCAGCUUGGUGUGCAACUCGAGACUGCUUCUCACACUCACAGAGUCGGAAGAACAGGAAGAGCAGGUACCACUGGAGAGUCCAUUUCUAUUUUGUCCAAGGCAGAGAAGUUUUAUGCUGAGAGACUGAGAAAGGAAGGUCAUGUGUUAGAAGAGAUCGAGAAGCCUCAGGUUUCCGAGGCAAUUGAGUCUGAGAUCAAGUCGGCUGGAAAGUUCAUCCGUCCUGACUACAACUCGUUGCUUUCCUCUAUGCUGGGAACUUACGCCUCUGUUCCAAGGCUCGAUCGCGAUGCCGAUCCUAAGGCUUUGGUUUUGGACUGUGGUCGCCUUUACCAGGCCAUGGUUGGAGGUGAACGCCUGUUGCAGGUCUCUGCACGUGAUCUGGAUAGAUUCGGUGUCACCAAAGAGGACAUUGAUGGAGUGUUCCAAGUUGACGGUGUUUUGAAGGGAAACUACAGACCAAGAGGUAAUAGCUAUGGAAACAGAAAUGGGAACAGAUCUGGAAACAGAAAUGGAUACAGAAACGGAAACGGAAGCGGAAACAGAAACAGGGAUAACGACUGGAAUUCGGGAAGAAGAUCUGAUAGAAAUUUUGGAAGCAGGGACAAUCGUGGUAGGAACGAUCAAAGAAGACGGAGUUACGACCGUUGGGACAAGCAGGACGAUCACUAUUGA